CUGGGUAUGGGCCAGGGAGGGAAACGUGUUUAUGGCGCCGGCCUUGGCACUCUGCCAGGAUAUGGUGCUUUAGCAGGCUAUGGAUAUCCUGGAGCCCGACCAGGAAUUGGACUUGGGUACCCUACUGGACAGAAGGCUAAGAAACAAAAACCUGGUUAUAUGGGUGGAGCAGGAAACUAUCUGGGAGCAAGCCUGGGAGCAGGGGGCCACGGUGCAGGUGUGGGACAGGGAGCAUAUCUGGGUGGUGCAGCCGGCAAACUGGGAGCUGCUGCUGGUCUUGGACAGGGCUAUGGUGAGGGAGCAACAGGAUACCUCGGUCCCAUGGCAGGCAAUGGCUACGCAGGCUAUGGGAAUGGUUACGGCGAUGGUCACGGUGCUGGCCUUGGUUACCCUUCAGAGUUAGCUGAUGGUGCUGAGAACAAAGCAGGGAAGCAUCAAGCCCUCGGUGCAGGAGGCCAUGCCGGUCAAGUCCAGGGUGCGUAUGGAGCACUUGGUGCGGGACUCGACUCAACUGGUGGCAAAUAUGGAGGAGGAGCUGCUCAGGUUCCUUAUGGUCAUGCUCCAGUGAUUCCUACGGGACUGGAGGGUGAUGGGAGUUACCCGUAUCCUGCCCAGCAGCUCAACCUCGGGGCUGAAGGUGUCAAAUCCGCCAACAAAUACGGAGCCGCUGCACGAUAUGGAGUUCAGCAAACAGGUUACGGCGCACAACUAGGAGCAACUCAAGAUGCCUUGGGAGAGCAACCCGGAAAAUAUGGCAGAGUGAACGGUGCCCUUGGAAAUGGAUACAAAGGCUAAUUCAAACGACCUGGAAGUCUUCAAGUUGAUCAUUUCCAUUAUGUGUUCAGUGUAAUGUGUUUGUAAGCUCUUUGUGUUUUACUCCACUUUGUCCUGUUGUGUUGUCUGUUUUGUCUUUUGCUUUAUUUUCCCCUCUUGUCUCUAAGUGAGCAUAUGUUACCUGUUUGUCUUGUUGGUCAAAAACACGCUGUGCCCCACCUGUCUUAUUCUGUUAACACUGAAACAAGUGGUGAUGGAUGAACAUAAAUGUUUAAGUGCAAGAAAUGUGCCUCAAUGUUUUGAAAAUAAAUAUUAAAACGAUGA